CUAGGCGGCCGGCUGCGCCGCGCGAGGCUCUCUGCUGGCCAAUCAGCGCAAGGCGGUGGUCGCCGCGCGGGAGGCGGUGCCUAUCGGCGCUGCGGGGUAGUGGGCUCUGCGAGAGGCCGGGGGUGAAGUUUUGCCAAAUCCAAAGGCUUUUGGACUGGAAAAGGUUUUCCUCUCCCUUGAUAUCUCCAUCAUGAUCCACAGUCUCUUCCUGAUCAACUCCUCUGGAGACAUUUUCCUGGAGAAACACUGGAAGAGUGUUGUCAGCCGUUCUGUUUGUGAUUACUUUUUUGAGGCACAGGAGAGAGCUACUGAGGCAGAAAACGUCCCUCCAGUUAUUCCUACCCCUCACCACUACCUUUUGAGUGUUUACCGCCACAAGAUUUUUUUUGUGGCAGUGAUUCAAACGGAGGUCCCACCCCUGUUUGUCAUUGAGUUCCUCCACCGAGUAGUGGACACAUUUCAGGAUUAUUUUGGAGUAUGUUCAGAGCCAGUGAUCAAAGACAAUGUGGUUGUGGUUUAUGAGGUCCUGGAAGAAAUGCUUGACAAUGGGUUUCCCUUGGCUACUGAGUCAAACAUCCUCAAAGAACUGAUCAAGCCUCCCACGAUCCUUCGGACAGUUGUCAACACCAUCACAGGAAGCACCAAUGUGGGUGACCAGCUUCCCACGGGACAGCUGUCGGUGGUGCCUUGGCGACGGACGGGCGUGAAAUACACCAACAAUGAAGCCUAUUUUGAUGUGAUUGAAGAGAUUGAUGCCAUCAUUGAUAAGUCAGGCUCCACAAUCACUGCAGAGAUCCAGGGGGUGAUUGAUGCCUGUGUGAAGCUGACUGGGAUGCCAGACCUUACGCUUUCCUUCAUGAACCCCAGGCUGCUGGAUGACGUCAGCUUCCAUCCUUGUGUUCGUUUCAAGCGCUGGGAGUCUGAGCGGAUCCUCUCCUUCAUCCCUCCCGACGGGAACUUUCGCCUACUCUCUUACCAUGUCAGUGCACAGAAUCUGGUUGCAAUUCCAGUGUAUGUGAAACACAGUAUCAGUUUCCGGGGCAGUAAUUCGCUUGGACGCUUUGAGAUAACAGUGGGGCCGAAGCAAACGAUGGGGAAGACCAUAGAGGGAGUGACUGUCCUCAGCCAGAUGCCCAGAGGAGUCCUGAACAUGAGCCUCACUCCAUCCCAGGGGACGCAUACAUUUGACCCAGUGACAAAGAUGCUGUCUUGGGAUGUGGGAAAAAUAAAUCCUCAAAAGCUACCAAGUUUGAAGGGGACCAUGAGUCUACAGGCUGGAGCUUCCAAGCCAGAUGAAAACCCCACAAUUAACCUGCAGUUUAAGAUCCAGCAGCUGGCCAUUUCCGGACUCAAAGUGAAUCGUCUGGAUAUGUAUGGAGAAAAAUACAAACCCUUUAAGGGUAUAAAAUACAUGACCAAAGCUGGAAAAUUCCAAGUUCGAACCUGAAGGGAGAGUUUUGUAGAAGGAACAACCAUGAACACUUUUUCAUUUCUUACUUGUCUAAAAGUAAAAAAAA